CCUGAGGGAAGAUGGCGGCGCCCUGGUGGCGAGCGGUGCUGGGCGGAAGUCGGAGGUGGCGGGGCUUCAGCACCUCGGCCGCGCUGAGCCGCCGGACCCCGCCUCUGGGGCCGAUGCCCAACGAGGACAUCGACGUGAGCAACCUGGAGCGGCUGGAGAAGUACCGCAGCUUCGACCGCUACCGGCGCCGGGCGGAGCAGGAGGCGCGGGCCCCGCACUGGUGGCGGACCUACCGGGAGCAUUUCGGGGUGGAGUCAGAUCCCAAAGACAAGAUUGACAUUGGGCUGCCUCCACCCAAGGUCUGUCGGACCCAACGGCUGUUGGAGCGGAAACAGGCCCUCCAGGAGCUGAGGGCCAAUGUGGAGGAGGAGCGGGCUGCCCGCCUCCGCACAGUGCGCAUUUCGCUGGAGGCUGUGCGGGCUGAAUGGGAGAGGACUUGUGGCCCCUACCACAAGCAGCGUCUGGCAGAGUAUUAUGGCCUCUACCGAGACCUGUUCCACAGUGCCACGUUCGUGCCCCGAGUUCCCUUGCACGUGGCCUACACCGUGGGUGAAGAUGACUUGAUGCCUGUGUACCAUGGCAAUGAGAUCACUCCAACUGAGGCUGCCCAAGCCCCAGAGGUGACCUAUGAGGCAGACGAGGGCUCCAUGUGGACACUGCUGCUCACCAACUUGGAUGGACACCUGCUAGAGCCGGAUGCUGAGUAUGUCCACUGGCUGGUAACUAACAUCCCGGGCAACAGGGUGGCUGAAGGACAGGAGACCUGUCCCUACCUGCCCCCCUUCCCUGCCCGGGGCUCUGGCUUCCACCGCUUUGCCUUCCUGCUCUUCAAGCAGGACAAGCCGAUCGAUUUCUCUGAAGAUACCCGGCCCUCACCCUGCUACCAGCUUGCCCAGCGGACCUUCCACACUUUUGAUUUCUAUAAGAAACACCAGGAAGCCAUGACUCCGGCAGGCCUGGCCUUCUUCCAGUGCCGCUGGGAUGACUCGGUCACCCACGUCUUCCACCAGCUUCUGGGUAGGGCAGACAUGCGGGAGCCUGUGUUUGAGUUUGUGCGGCCACCCCCUUACCACCCCAAGCAGAAGCGCUUCCCGCACCGGCAGCCCCUUCGAUACCUGGACCGGUACAGAGACAGUCAUGAACCCACCUAUGGCAUCUACUGAGUGGCUAGACUGCCACCCACCUCAGAGUUUGCUGGGCCUCUCAGGCCCCCGUCAGGCUCCACAGGCAGGAACACACAGCUCUAGGGGCCACGCUGUGGUUCCGGGCCGUCUGAGGCAGCCCCCGUGGCCCUCCCGGGAGUGAAGAGGCUCUCUCCAGGGCUGGGUGUAUGA